UACUGGGGAAAAGUUUGAAAUAGGUUUUUUUUUCUCGUAUUAUUUUGAAAGCUGACGGAAGGGAGAGGAAAACAAAGCUAGGUGGAGGCGUAAAGGAGAACCGAAAGUGACCAAGCCGAAAGAUUCAUUGAAAUAAAGCAGAGAACCAGACUGAGCGUGGUUCCUGGCUGUUAUUGCAUUCCGGAGCCUGGGAGAGAGGUAUUUAAAACGGACUGGAAGAACCAAUGGCGUCUAAGGGGAAACAACAUAUGGCAGCUGCUGACUGCAUUCAUACUGAAGAUGGGAAUGACGCUGCAAGAGCUGGGACUCUGGUGUCCCGGGAGGAGGAGUUACACGAAGCUCGUCUUAGUGCUAAGGCGAAGAGGAAGUUGAGGAAGAACUCAUCACGUGACUCCGACUCCAGCCAUGAGUCCUUCUCUGACAAUGUGGAAGCUCCUGGCAUUAAAGGCAAAAUGGGAGACAAGAAAUCACGGUCUGGGAAAGGCCGGGGGCUUCCAAAGAAAGGAGGUGCUGGCGGUAAAGGUGUCUGGGGUGCUGCAGUUCAGGUGUACGAUGCGGAACAGCCGGAUAUCCAUGAUCCCAACUAUGAUGAUGAUAAACAGGGUGAGACUGUUUACCAAACAGUUGUUCCUGAACUGGACGACUCUGAGUUUGAAAAAGCAGUGACUCCAAUAAUUCAGGAAUACUUUCAGCAUGGUGACACAAAAGAGGUUGCUACCCUCCUGGCUCAGUUGAACCUCGGCAGUAAGAGAAGCAAGCUCCCAUUCCUGUCUGUGAGCAUGGCGCUGGAGGGCAAGGCUAGCCACCGGGAGCUGAUAUCUCGCCUCCUGGCCGACCUGACGGGCAAGCAGAUGUCAGUCGAAGAUGUCGCCUCUGCUUUCGACCAGCUGCUGAGUGACCUGCCAGACCUGGUCCUUGACACACCUGAGGCUCCACAGAUGUUGGGCCAGUUCAUAGCCCGUGCCAUGGCUGACCAUGUCUUACCCACUGGUUUCCUGGACAGUUACAAGGGGAAGGUUGACUGUGAGCAGGCUCGCAUGGCGCUGGACAAGGCUGUGGUGCUCCUCAGCAUGAACCGAGGAGUGCGGCUGGACAAUGUCUGGGGGGUCGGAGGUGGCCUGAGACCUGUCAAGCAGCUCAUUAAGGAGAUGACCCUGUUACUGAAGGAAUAUCUGCUGUCUACAGACUCUGCUGAAGCUGGGCUCUGUCUGCAGAACCUGGAGGUUCCUCACUUUCACCAUGAGCUUGUUUAUGAGGCCGUUGUGAUGGUUCUUGAGUCCACCAGCAGCAAUGUCUCUGACCUGAUUGUAAAACUCUUGAAGAGUUUCUGGGAGUCUGGCUUUGUAACUCUUGACCAGAUGAACCGGGGAUUCAAACGCGUGUUUAAUGCUAUGCCAGAUAUCAGUCUAGAUGCACCAAACUCUUACAGCAGUCUGAAGAGUUUUGUGGACCAUUGUCACCAACAAGGGGUCAUCAUCAAAGCUCUCCAAGAUCAGUGCCCAACACGAGAAGCCAAGCCUGCUGUGAGUCAGGACAGGAGUAACUGCGUUGUGUAGGUUGACCAGUAAGAGACCUCCAUAAGUCAGAAUGGGUGCACCUCAGCAAAGUAUAACGUAUCUACGCCUGAGGUGCAGUGAGAGUUGCAUCUGGGUUUUGUGGAAUAAAAAGACAAGGCAAAGAACGAGGAGGCAGGAAGGUUCCUGUUAAUUGGAUUGCCUUCCUGUCAUUGUUUUAAUAAUGGCAAACUUGCUAAAAAUGUGCUUCUGAGCUCGGCUGUGCUGAUCUGAAGUCGGGUCUUGGGCAGUCGGUACUCAAGGGUUCAGUAUAGAACUGAAGCCAGUGGAAUGUGAAACUUUGAAGUGUUUCCCAUCAGGAAUGAGCGUCAAGUAAAGUCAGACACUAUUUCAGGAUCUUGUUUUAUUCUCGGCAUGUUGCAUGCUGCCAUAAUCAAAGGUCAGCUGUAUAAUUGGGGCAUUUUAUAAUCUUUAUGGCCUCUUGACAAUAAAGUUUUACAUUUCAUUACUA